GUGUAAGGAGUUAAAAAUACACUCCAUAGUUGAUACCAUAUUUUACGGUUAUUGUUCAGCUUUUUGGUGAUCAUUUUGUAUACCUUUUAUGUUAAUCAAGAGGAUAAAUGUCUGUUACGUUCGUAUGUACACCUGCUUUCUUCAAUAAGCGGAUUCAACCGCAUUUACCGGUAAAUAUAAAGGUCGAGCCAUUGUCGACCUACAUUUUGUGUGAUCAACUAGAAGAUUUUAGAGAGUGUGUGGAUAAAGCGGCAAACACACAGAAAACUGGACAACCAGGAUGUGCACAGUUGCACCUUGUCCUCGUCAACAAGCCAGACGAGCCACAAGCCAGCGAUCAACCCGAUCCAUCAAGCUCAAACACCGUCCCGACCAUAUCGCCGUCGGUAACGACUGAACCCACACAGAGAUUCGACCCUGACCCUCCUCCUGUUGAGGUAAUUGAUGUUGACGCAGAAAACGGCGCAGCCCCUGUCUUGCAUCACACGUGGGCACCGGGAUCCAAGUCUCGCUCUGUUUUGCGGUCCCUCCUUCGGACGAAAUUUAGUGUCGCGGAUCCUGGGAAUCAGUUUAAGGAUGCCGGGCUAGAUGAGACGCCGACAACUGCAAGUCCACCUCCGGCUUCCAGUAGCGGACCAAUUGCAAGAAGCAUAUCACAAGUGUCUGACAGCCAAGCUGCCGACCUGCUUCUCAAUCUAAAAAGAUCGUCGGGACCAUUGCAAGCCAUGCCUGAGCCUCGAGCAUAUAACCCCAUCCCUCUAAAUUACCCACAGUCAUCAGCAUCAUCAAAUAACGCUCAGGAUUCAAUCACCGAACUAGUAAAACUUUCAAAGGGCCACAUUGAAAAUCAGCCAGAUAUAAACUGUGUCGUUGCCAACCAUGUGCAGGGGAAUAGUCCAAGUACCACCAGCAUGCAAAAAGUCAAAGAUAUCACCUCUGUAGCAAACCAUGGAGAUGAAAGUGUCGUUACAGAUGGUAGUAGAAAAACUAGUAUACUAAACGAAAACAUUAUUUCAUCAUAUAAAGCACAGAGUAAGGUCUGGCCUGUACCGCAAAGUUAUUCUUGGCAGACCAAAAAAACAAAUAAAUCUCGAGGCGAACACUCGCAUAGUGACAUGGGUGUGGAUGUCUCCUCAACGAAAGCAGGGAUUAAAAUUGAGAAUGCCAUUGUUAUAAAGGAUGGAAAUGAGGAUGCUGCUCCUUCUGCUGUAGUUAAAAUUGAAAAGAGUUACGAUAAUAAGAUGUCAGCUAGUACAAAUAUUGAAGCGGCUAAGUUUCGAGACUUACGCAGACUUGAAGAAACCAUACGACUUCAAUCGAGCAACAUAAAGACGGAAACUAGAGAAAAACCGGCCCCUUCUUUUAAAAUGAAAAGAGAAAAACGUGAUGGAAAUGAGAUGGCGUUUAGUACCAAAACUGACAGGGUGAAGUUUCUUGAAUUAAGCAAACUUAAUGAGAGCAUGAAAACCCAGUCAGUGAAGACUGAACCCACAGGGAAACCUGUCCCUUUACUUACAAGUGUUGUGGACACAAGGACAAGAGUGAGCUUGAAGCAGGCCAUUUUAAACCGGCGACGGGCCGAGGGGAAACCCAGCAUUGACCUUGAAGACGAGGAACGACGCAAACGGGCCAAGGUUAACACAAAGGACUGUUUGACUGCAGAUGAGGAAAAGAACAUGCUACGCCGGCGGUGGUUGGACGCGCAGAGUGCGAAAAAAUACAGACGACGACGAUCCAAACUGAUCUCUGGGCUCCUUAAGACGAAGACGGACCUGAAAGACAAACAGAACGUUCUGAAGAACAGAGUCAACUAUCUUAGUGAACGCGCGGUGCUGGUCCGCGCAUUGGUGGCGCUGUUUGCUGAGAACAAGCUUGACGAGAACGCUGCGUGCAUGUCAAGCAUUCGCCACUCGUUAUGGACGGAGGGCAUCCCGAUUAAGGUCAUUACUGAGUUUGUAAGAAACAGUCUCCAAAAAUACGAAGCGUCAGGAAGUGCUGAUGUCGUGAACAAGUUUGACACGUUGCUAAAAUUGUACCAGUAUGCAGAGGAUCAAAAGAAUGCGUUGCCAGUGUUGCCAGAUGAAAACAGCCAUGCUAAGUCUGUCAUACUUCUAAGUUCUGACGAUUCCAGCUCUCAUUUUUCCGGCUCUGGCAUUUUUGAACGCUCCAAUAGUGUCAGUAGUUGUGAAUUCUCAUCUAGCCAAGAACCAUCUGAACUUUUUUCUAGCCAGGAACAGUCUUCACAAGAAACGAUGACGUCAUCACAAGAAACAGUGACGUCAACACAAGAAGAAAACAAAAGUAGUAGUUAUAGUAGCAGUACGUCAAGUUUAGGGUAUAAAGAAAUGGGCGUCGAUAGCGAUUCAGACGUUGAGCCAUUGGCUCUUGUUAUAGAUUUGGAUGAAGAUGUCUGAUAUGAGUGGAUGUGUUUGACUGAGUAAUUUUCCAAGCCAUUAAAUGGCUGGACAAUAGAAAUUUAUUGACGACAUUUAUAAACGUUCUAAAAGGCAGAUGCGCGAAAAAGAUUUUUUUCAAAAGUUUUAUUGCCAUUUUUUCAGAAUGAUAAGAAACUGCUUUAAAGUUCAAUUGCUUCUUUGAAAUGUUUUGUUUAUUGUAAAACGAUCAAUGUAUAUAAAAUAUACACUGAUAUACACAUCAUACCUUGUACAGGUUAGGAAGAAAGCCAUUCAAUAUGUUCAAUGAACUGUUUUGUUUGUAGUGUAUUGUUUGUUUUUUGGGGCACAGGUUUGUUUUAUUAAACAUGGUUAACAUUGGUGCAUAUAAAACGCAUUGUCGUUCAUUCUAAUACCAAAAUAUCCAGUUCAGUUGGGUUGUUCUGGGAAUAGAACGAAAAUGCAAAAGAAGAUUUAUAUCAUGUUUCAAACGAUAAUUAUAAGGUAAUUUUAGACAAACAUUUAUCAAAUAUGUACAAUCUCAGGCAAACAUGAGGAUACCGGAUAGGUAAAUAAUCAAAAUAGUCCUAAAUUGUAUUUUUUUAAAUAAUGUACAUGUAUUUGAGCAUUUCCAUCGACUAUUCUCGAAGAUCUCACGCCCUGCCACCUAGCUAAUUUCUUUUUGUCUGUUUACAAGUAUUUACUGCAGUAUGGCAUUGAAGUUUUUACCACAACUCCAUCUUUCUUCUCCAGAAGCUAGGGUACAUGUACAUGUUUCAAAUAUAGUUUGUCAAACGCAGUUUUGUUCGUACAUGAAGUGAAAAUCUGCGUUUAGCAACACGCAGUGAAACGGAUUAAAGAUAAAAACUAAAUUACCACCGUCAUCGUUAUGCAGAUGUUUUGCACUCAAGAAAAUAAAAGUAUGUUUUUUUUUGUAUACCUCGAUGCAUUGAUAUUGCGCACAACGGCCCGACGUGACAAAGACUUGUCAAAACGGCGUAGAAUACUGCACCGAAUACUCUGUGAACUCUCCUGUAUUUAAGAUGAUUUUCUUAUUAUAGGCAUUUGAUUCGGGUUAAAGAUAAAUACUAGCGCGUGCACUCUCUUUGAAGAUGGGCGGUGUA